CUGGCAGCAGGCAGGGCACCUGUGGUGAGAUACCAGGGUGUCACCUCACUGAGAAAGUUGCAGACAGAAGCAGUGGUGGCUCUCUGACGUGGGGGACAGGUGCCUGAACCCCCCUGGCAGGACCAGAAAUUUGGGACCCUUUGAGUGCCUGGCAUUGACCAGCUCCCAGCAUGGACAGCAGUGACACCAUCACUGAAGAGGUCUGCAGGGAGGACGACGUUGGGGAUGGACAGCUCCUGGAGGUGAUGGUGGCCGGCUACCCGGUGCUGCUGGUGAGGAACAGGAAGGAAUUCCGUGCUCUAGGCAGCAAAUGUCCCCACUACGGUGCCCCACUGAGCAAAGGGGUUUUGAGAGGGGAGAGGCUGCGCUGCCCCUGGCAUGGAGCCUGCUUUAACGUCAGGACUGGAGACAUUGAGGAAUACCCUGCUCUGGACUGUAUCCCCUGCUUUAAGGUAACAGUGGAAGAUGGAAAGGUGUUUAUCACAGCAAAAAAGAAGGACCUGGAAAGCAGCCUGAGGGUGAAGGACACAAGCAGGAGGUGCCUCCUCAACAAGAACACGAUGCUGCUGCUGGGGGGAGGUGUGGCUGCCCUGGUGUGUGCAGAGACUCUUCGCCAGGAGGGAUUCACGGGCAGGAUCAUCAUGGCCACCAAUGAGAAACACGUUCCCUAUGACAAGUCCAAACUGAGCAAGGAAAUGAACUUGAAAGCUGAGGACAUCUACCUGAGGAAACCUGAAUUCCUUGAGGCUCGGGGCAUAGAGCUCUGGACAGAGAAAGAGGCAGUGUCAGUAGAUUUCCAGAAGCAGAAGGUUCGCUUCAUGGAUGGGUCCUCUCAGAAGUACCACCAGCUGCUCAUUGCAACAGGCAGCCACUCUGGUUUCCUCAAAGUCCCAGGUGCAGACCUGCAGAACAUAUGCACACUCCAAAGCCCAGAAGACUCCAGCAAGAUCUUGGAGCUGGCAACUGGGAAGAAUCUGGUGAUUGUAGGAGCUUCAUUCAUAGGAAUGGAGGUGGCUGCUUUCCUCUCAGACAAGGCUGGAACCAUCUCAGUGGUGGAAAGAGAGGAGUUCCCUUACCAGCACGCCCUGGGUCCUCAGGUUGGAGGUGUCGCCAUGAAGAUGCUGCAAAAUAAAGGGGUGAAGUUCCACAUGAAAACAGAACUCUGUGAGCUGAAAGGAAAGGAUGGAAAGGUCACAGAGGCUGUUCUUGCUAAUGGAGAGCACCUCCCUGCAGAUGUGGUAGUGGUGGGAAUAGGCUCAGUCCCCAACUCAGUGUUUCUGAAGGGCACCUCCAUUGCCAGAGAUGACAAAGGUGCCAUUCUGGUGAACCUGCACAUGCAAACCAACAUCCCGAAUGUUUUUGCCGCGGGGGAUGUUGUCACCUUCCCGGUGGCGCUGCUCGACGGGGACAGCUCCAGCAUCCGCCACCAACAAGUGGCUGAGGCCCACGGUCGCUGUGCUGCUUUAAACAUGCUGAGGAGAGGGAAGGAGUUGCACACUGUUCCUUACUUCUGGAGCACAUUGCUUGGGAAAAGCAUCCGCUAUGCAGGUAGGAAGGGGCAGAGAGAGGGAAACAGAAUUUCCUCCCACCAGCUGGGUCUGGGGCUUGCAGAGCUUACCUGGAGCAGCUCAAGCUCUGGACUGGCUGCCACGGUGAGUUUGAGCCCUGGGCCUGCAGGUCACCCAGAGCUCUUGUUCUUUGCUGAUCUCCAAUGUCUUGGAGGUCACAGAGGAGGAACUUCCCUCUCCAAAGCAAUGAGAGGCUCAAAGUCAGUUCUGUUUGCUCCAGUCACUGUCCCUCCUGUCCCUCCCCACACUGGCUCUGAGGUGGGAUCAGUGGCAGCUGCUGUGCCAGGGCUCCCUGAGCAGGCUCUCUCUCACAGGCUGUGGGAAGGGAUACACGGACACUGUUGUGAAGGGAAGCCUGGAGCAACAGAAAUUCCUGAUCUUUUACAUCAGGUGAGUGAAUCCAUGGCCAGUCCAUGCCUGGGAAACAGGGCACAGUCCUCUCUCCUACAGCCUGCAGAGAUCCCACAGAGGCUCCACAUCUCCUGGCUGAGCACUAAAGGCAGCUGCUGAAUGCUGAACCAGAGAAAACCAAAGCAGAGCAGGGAAGGAGAAGAGAAUGAGCUGAAAUGAUGACACCAGCUGGGCAGAGAGCCUGGGACACAUCUCUGCCUCUGCCCCACUGCUCCCAGGCUCAGUGCCCAGCUCCCAGCAGUGCCAGGCAAUCUGCCACGAGUCCCUGUGCAUCCUGCCACCCUGCCCUGAGCCCUCUGAAAUACAGCUGCUCCCUGGCCACUGUGCCAUGGGGAUGCUGCUGUGCUGAGCUAUGAGAACUGAGAAGAUCCACAUUCUUCCUCUUUCUGUUUCAGGGAUGGCCAUGUGACUGCAGCUGCCAGCCUGAACUGCGACCCCAUGGUGUCUCUGAUUGCAGAAGUUUUGUACUUGGGGAAACA